AUGUUUAUAAGGAGAAGUACGACAGUGAAAUAUUUUAUAGCGGCGUUCCUGGGAGCUGCUAUUUACUGUGAAUGGUUUAUCUACCUUGUUCAACCUCAAUACUGGACGGAUCUUGAUUGCAGUGAGCAUGACUCUACAUGUACCAAAAUACUUUUUAUAGCCGAUCCUCAGAUACAAGGCGAAUAUGCUGUUUCGCCUCCUUUGAGCUACCUUAUUAACUGGGAUAGUGAUCGUUACUUGAAGUCAACAUUUAAGGUGGUUGUGAAAUAUUUCAAGCCCGAUGUUCUGGUGUUCCUGGGUGACCUAAUGGAUGAAGGCUCCAUUUCCAGUAUAGUGCAGUUUCACAGCUAUGUCAAGAGGUUGGCCAAUAUAUUUGAAGUAGAUCAUCAAGUGCUGCAAGUAUGGGUACAGGGUGACAACGACAUCGGCGGUGAAAACGAACCGAUACGUCACGACAAAAUCGCUGAAUUCGAAAAGGUGUUCCAACAGCCGUCCAUUAUAUACUAUCGUAAUGUGUCCUUCUACAAAGUUAAUGCCAUAACUAACACACACCCUCAGAAAUCGGACACCGACGAGGCGCACGAGAACAACUUCAAAAUUGUUGUGUCUCAUUAUCCUGUGACCUUGAGGCAUAUGUUUGGUUUACAGGUAUAUAACGCGAUCCGUCCAAAUAUUUUCUUCUGCGCUCACGAGCACGAGUCUAAGUACGUGAAAGAGACAAAAGAGCUCAAAGACAGGAAGGUCACUUGGUUCGAGAACCCCAAGAGUACUUUGAGUCUGGCCUUUAACGACGAGUCCUUAUACGAAGUGUAUGUUCCAACUUGUUCGUAUAGAAUGGGCACUAGUUAUAUUGGCUACGGAGCUGCUGUUUUAGGAAUAGGUUGCCUGUAUGUUAUAUUAUUUGGUUUCUUAAAUUUCCUUAUCAUAAAGCUUGUUCUUAUCUUUAUCUAUUGUUUCAACCGUUAUUAUAACUUGUUGCACUUUAUAUAUUGGAUACUGUUUAUACUAAAUAAUAAAUACAAAGCUGUUCGUUGGGCAUCCAACAAGCAAAAGUACACAUCAUUUGACUUUGGAACGGCUAAUACAAUAAAAGGAUAUAAAAUGGAGACAUAUUUCAAACUAUUUUCGUAA